CCUCAAACCCUAACCCAGUUGUAGGGCUCUUGGUUCUCUGCCUGCGUGUAAAUGAAUGUGUCUCUGUGUGCAGGCUAACCUGGAUGAGCAGCAGAUGUCCUCCAACAUGCUGGUCAGAGCUCUGAUGACAUGCAUCUGUCAGUCAGCCAUCAUCUAUGAGACCCCGAACAAGGUGGACGCCGCUAAGAUCAGCAAGAGAGCGAAGGUCCUGCAGAAAUACCUGAGUGACGACAAGAAGGAGCUGCAGGCUCUCUACGCUCUGCAGGCGCUGAUGGUGGAGCUGGAGCAGCCGGCCAACCUGCUGCGGAUGUUCUUCGACAGCCUUUACGACGAGGACGUGAUCAAAGAAGAAGCUUUCUACAAGUGGGAGUCGAGCAAAGACCCGGCGGAGCAGCAGGGGAAAGGCGUGGCUCUAAAGUCCGUCACCGCCUUCUUCACGUGGCUCCGAGAGGCCGAGGAUGAAGACGAGUCCGACAACAGCUAGAGGAGGAAGACGCUCCGUGGAGGAUUCAGAAGAAAAAACCCUGAAUCAGCAAAAUCCUUCUGCAUAAACAGAAACACACAAAAAAGCAAGAAAAAAAAAAAAUUCUUCAACUGGGAGAGAUUGUAUUACGGAUCGAACACUCGAUCAGUUAUUUUUUUUGGUUUCCUUUAUUUUAUUUUUGUUCCCUUUUUUGCGCAACUGAAUGUCUUUUUUGGAAAUAAAUAGAGCGAGUAGAAGAGCGAGAGAAAAGCCGCCAGAGAAGACGCCGUUUCCUUCAGUAUUUCUUUGAAGUUAACCUGUUUUUUUUCAAACGGCUGGUUUUUCCUCGCCACAGUCAAACACUAUUCAAGACACUUUGCUUAAUGACAGAUAUAUUCAAAAAAAACAAAAACAAAAAAAACUUUAAAAGGCUGUUCACAUUUAUAUUUUUGAUGACUUCAUCGUGUGAGCGGCAGCAUCACAUCGAUCGGUAUUGGAUCUACACGACCAAGCGCUAGUUAGCUUUCCCUUUCAUCUUGUUCCCGUGUUGGAUGGUUGGAGUGAGCGUUUUGUAAUAAAA